AUGGGUACACCAGCACUGCACGAUAUAGCAGGACGGGUACACCAGCACUGCACGAUAUCACAGGAUGGGUACACCAGCACUGCACGAUAUAGCAGGACGGGUACACCAGCACUGCACGAUAUAGCAGGACGGGCACACCAGCACUGCACGAUAUCGCAGGACGGGUACACCAGCACUGCACGAUAUCGCAGGACGGGUACACCAGCACUGCACAGUAUCACAGGAAGGGUACACCAGCACUGCACAAUAUCACUGGACGGGAACACCAGCACUGCACGAUAUAGCAGGACGGGUACACCAGCACUGCACGAUAUAGCAGGACGGGUACACCAGCACUGCACAAUAUCACAGGACGGUACACCAACACCGCACGACAUCGGCCAGGACGGGUGUACACCAGCACUGCACCAUAUAGCAGGAUGGGUACACCAGCACUGCACCAUAUCACAGGAAGGGUACACCAGCACUGCACAAUAUCACUGGACGUCACCAAAGCACUGCACGCAUAUAGCAGGACGGGUACACCCCAGCACUGCACCCAUAUAG